UUCUAUUAACUAGGUUUAUGCGAAUAAUUAAAGCUUAACUUAGCUAGUCAAUAAUUAUCUAAUCUCACACACAAUUAGAAUUUGGACUUAGUCAGAAAUUUAUUCUUACUAGUGUACUUUAGAUACUCAGGUAAACUGAAGUAACAGGAUAUGAAAGUAUUACAUGAAGUACAGUCAUGAUCUGUUCUUAUCAAUGUUUCAUUUUUCUUAUCACACAUGGAAAUCCUAUUAGUGUUUUAAAAAUAUAUAAGAAUAUAGUAUAAUUUGUUAAACUUUACUAAAUAUAUCGGACUAUUAUACCGUCAUACUGUGUAAAAUUAAGUGGUAUAUUAAUAUUAUAGAGGUCUCUGUAGAGCUGUAUUUGAUUCGCAGAAAUAUUGCUAUUGCUAGAUACAUUUGGCCGUUGUUGAUCAGUGAAUUUACUUUUAAAGAAAACAAUAAUAAAUACUUUUACUACUUAAUAAAUUGUAUUCAUUUAAUUAUUUACUAAACUUUUAUAAGUAUGAUGGACUUUUAAGUUUCAAAAUUUUAGAUUAAGAAUAAUUUAUUUUAAAUCUUGUUAGUUGUACAUUGGUUGAAGUAUAAUCACUUAAUUUGUGUUGGUUUAAUAUAUUUUAAUUUCUUUUUGGCAUUUGCCUAUAUGAUUUUGUUUACAAAAAUGUUUCUUCAAAACUGGAUUGUUUUUAUUGUAUCAAUCCUAUCAUUUCAAAUAGUACAAGGUGCAGUAAUAGGACUUUAUGAUGAAACUGAUGAUUUAGUUAUAUUGGACAGCAAUAAUUUUAAUAAUACAUUGAUAAAUGGUAACAUAUCAUAUGUGAUAGAAUUUUACAAUGCAUAUUGUGGACAUUGCAUACGAUUUGCGAGUACCUGGAAAGAAUUUGGACUUGAAGUUUCUGAUUGGAGUAGUUAUGUACAAAUUGGUGCAAUUGAUUGUUCAGAUUCCAAGAAUAGUCAAAUAUGUCGUGACUAUGAAGUAAUGGCUUAUCCUACUGUGCGAUAUUUUCCUCCACAUCCUAAGUAUGGGGAUAUUGGAAUUGAUUUUUUAAGAUCUAUUAAGACAAAUGAAAUGAAAAAAGCACUAACCAAAAGUCUUGCUGAAAGUCAAAAAUCAGGAAAUAUAACUUAUUUGUGUGACCUUCAACCAUUUGAAAAAGGAACACUUUUGUCAGAUAAACAGUUUCUGUUUACAUUUGUAGUUGUAGAUGUUCCAGAAAAUGAACUUGCUAAUGAAUUAAUCAUUGAUUAUUGUGCAAUGAAAGAAAUUAAAAUUAUAUCAGUAUUAAGUACUAAUGAUAUUUUAAUUGAUCAAAUGAAACCAAAAAAAUAUCCUAGUCUGUAUCAACUUGUUAACGAUAAUUUAAUUUUUUUAACUAGUAGUUCAAAGAAAAAUGAAAUGGUCCAACACAUAAAUCAAAAAUUAAAUAAUGUACUUAAAUUUCUUCCAAAAUAUUUGGAUGUCUCUACUAAAAGUAAUGGUCUAUUACCUACUAGAGAAAAAAUAUUAGAUCAUAAUAUUGAUGUUGUGUAUUUAUCAGAUUUAGAAGCUACAUUAAGUUAUUCUUUAACUCAUGAAAUAGUUUCUCGAAGUAUUAUAUCUGGUGAAACAUUGUCAGCAUUAAAAAAUUAUCUUGAAAUACUUAGUAAAUUUUUUCCUUCUAACUCAAAGUCAAAAGGUAAAAAAUUUAUUAAAAUGUUAUGGGAAAAAAUUAUUUAUAAAAAAGAAAUAAAAGGAGAUGAUCUUAGUGAAAAUAUAUUAAGUUAUGAGUCAAAAUUAAAUCCAUAUACGACACAACGUGAAUGGAUUGGGUGCAGGGGAAGUCAACAUAUAUAUAGAAAAUAUCCAUGUGGAUUAUGGACUCUGUUUCAUACACUAACUGUACAAGCAGCAAAUAUGAACUUAAAUGAAUUCUCUGGAGUUGAUAUACUAGAUGGUAUUUCUGGUUAUGUUAAACAUUUCUUUGGAUGUACUGAAUGCUCUGAACAUUUUAUGCAAAUGACUACUACAAUGCAUGGCAAUGUCUCAACAUUUGAUGAUGCAGUGUUGUGGCUUUGGAAAGCUCACAAUCAAGUAAAUAAAAGACUUUCUGGUGACGUGACUGAAGACCCCUUGUUUCCUAAAGUACAGUUCCCUACUCGAGAACAUUGUAAAAAAUGUCAUUUUGACAAUAGCUUAGAAUGGAAUGAAAAGGAAGUGUUAUUUUAUCUUAAGAAUAUAUAUUCGGACAUUAAUAUGCUGCGUACAUCAAUCAACAAUUUUCCCAAUGAACCACCAAGUAAUCUUUGGGAUAGUCGACCAGUACAUGUGGUACAUAAUGAUUUCAAUGUACAUGAACAAGAUGAAUGGAAAGUAGAUAUAAACACUUGUAUGCUUUCAUAUAUACUUUCAUGCAGUGUUUUAAUAGUGUUAUUUUAUAUGUUAGUUAUUAAAAGGCAUUGUAGAAGAAAGAAAUCAAUUUUCUAAAAUGCUGAAAAAUCAAUUUUAUAAAUGUGAUAGAAUUAAUUGUAUAGAAUUUAUUAGCUAGUUAACAAAAAAGUUGUCGAUAAUUUGUUAAGCUAUAAGUUUUACUUCCACAAAACAUUACAAUUUUUGUUAAGAAAUAUGAACUAUUGAACAAGUUAUGUUUUAAAUAACAGCAUUUUUAAAAUUUUUAAAUGUACUAUUUCAUUAUUAAAAAUUCAAUUGUUUCUUUAA